AUGAGUGCAAUAAAAAAGAAGAAAGUGAAGAGAGUUGUAAAGCAAAAUCAUGCUGAAGAAAAAUUUGAGUUGGAAUCUCUUAGAUACCUUCGCUACACAAUCGGAAAUGGAUACAACACUGAAAGGCACAUGUUUCUCAAAAAAGAUUUUUCAAAAGAAAAUUCGAUAAUUGUCACAAAUGUUCCUGCAUUUCUCGGCGAGGACAUCGUGGAGGCAUUCCUUGGUAGUUUCGUUCCUUAUAAAAUUGAAGAAAUACUAGUGCAGAGAAGUAACGCAUCAAAUGGCUCAUUAUUACAAGGACGACUCACAAUGGCUGUUAGCUUCCAGUCUUCGGAGGCAGUACUUCACGCUCUCUCAUUUUGCCAAAAAGCUGGCCCAUUGGUUGCUGCGGAUUUUGUAGAGAGCCUUGAGCUUCCCUCAGUUUUGCGAGAAUCGAACUCUCUUUACAGUCGAUUAUUCCCAUCAGAAGAAAAAAUUGAAGAGAUGGCUGAAACUUACAUUGAAAGAUAUGAUACAGAACAAGCUGAAGCUCGAAGAGAAGCGAAGAGAAAAUACUCGCAACCUGAUGAGGAUGGUUGGAUUACCGUUCUGAAGGGAAAGAAAGCCGCGAAAUCGGUUAAAAUGAAACGAGACGAGGCUCCAUUGAUUGGAGGCUUGAAUAAUCCGAAGAAGAGAAAGCUUGAUAUGGCAUUCUAUACUUUCCAAGCCAAAAAAGACAAACAGCAAAAAGCCCAAGAAUUAUUGAAAAAGUUCGAAGAGGACAAGAAGCGAAUCGCCCAUCUAAAGCAAGCUAGGAAUUUUAAACCCUUAUAA